AUGCCAAAUUCUACAGAGAUGAUGGAGAAACCCUACGAGCACCAUGUCGACCAUAUUGAGAAGAUGGCCGUGCAUGAAGGUAUUCCGGAUAAGGAGUCGGGCGAUAUUAGCUUAAAUGAGAUUGCAUCGAUUGACGAAGCGGCGGUCCUUCGAAAGAUGGAUCUCAGGCUGAUUCCGAUGCUCAGUGUGUUGUAUCUCCUUGCAUUCUUGGACCGAGGCAAUAUUGGCAAUGCCAAGAUUGAGGGUUUGGUGGAGGAUCUACACAUGACGGGGUCGCAGUACAAUUGGACUUUGACGGUCUUCUUCUUCACUUAUUGCGUCUUCGAACUGCCGAGCAAUCUUCUUCUCAAGAAGCUCAGACCCUCGCGAUGGCUACCGCUGAUCAUGGUUGCAUGGGGAAUUGUGAUGACACUGAUGGGCGUUGUUCAAAACUACGGCGGCCUCCUCGCAACCCGCCUGUUCCUGGGUGUUGCCGAGGCUGGUCUCUACCCCGGUGUAGCCUACUAUAUCACCUUGUGGUACCCCCGCCACCGAGCCCAGUUCCGUCAAGCCCUAUUUUUCAGCGCCGCUAGCAUAGCUGGCGCAUUUUCCGGUCUUCUAGCAUAUGGCAUCGCUAAAAUGGACGGUGUCGGAGGAUAUGCCGGAUGGCGUUGGAUCUUCAUCCUCGAAGGCCUUCUCACGAUUAUAGUAGCGCUCUUUGCCCCGCUCGCCAUCCACGAUUCUCCCGAAACAGCCAACUUUCUUACUGAAGCCGAACGACGCUUCGUGAUCCAUGCUUUGCGGAUACAAAACUCAGCCGACAAGCGUGAGAUAGUACAAGACGAGGGCGAGUUCCGUAUGAAGUACGUAAUUGAUGCUUUCACGGACUGGCAGAUCUAUCUUGGGCUUUUUAUGUACUGGGGCAUAACCUGUCCACUGUAUGGAAUCUCGUUGUUCCUGCCUUCUAUUAUUAAGGAUCUGGGAUAUAAGUCUUCUACUGCUCAGCUGCUUACUGUCCCCAUCUACAUCACGGCAGCCGUCAUCGCUGUCUGUGCAGCAUGGUUCUCUGAUCGUCGCAAGCAGAGAUCUCCAUUCAUUCUAUUCUUUAUGGCCAUGAUUGCUAUCGGAUUCAUUAUUUGUCUUGCAUCGAGUGGUCGGAGUGUGCCCGGUGUGGUGUACUUUGGAGUAUUUGUUGCAGUCAUCGGAAUCUAUCCGGCCUUCCCAGGGAACGUCACCUGGUUAAGUGUCAACCUAGCAGGCGACUACAAGCGCGCCGCCGGAAUGGCUAUUUACAUUGGUUUGGGUAAUCUGGCCGGGGCCAUGGCUUCAAACUUCUAUCGCACACAGGACGCACCGCAAUACAUCCUCGGUCACUCUCUGGAACUUGGGUUCGUGAUCGUGGGCAUAAUCGCUACUGUUAUCAUGCGAUUUACGUACCAGCGCAUUAAUCGGAAUAGGGAUCGUAUUGAUCCUUCACAGUAUCCGGCGGAUACUGACUCGAUGGGCGAUCGGUCUCCACUUUUUAGAUAUAUGCUGUGA